CCAUUCAUUUAAAUCCAAAGAAAAAAGCCACCCACCGCGUUCUUCACGAUUCUCUUGUCAAUUGUUUUUCUUUUUUGUAAUUUUUCUUUACAAAAAGUCGCAUCUAAUUUGUGACCGCCAACUGUACAAGAAACUUCCCCGUGAUUUCUUCGUUGAAUCGAUGCGAUUGGAUCCCAAUAAUUUGUUCUUUUUUUGUGAAUUGGCCGGGUUUUAGUAGGAUUUUUUAUUAGGGUUUUCCUUUUUUUGGUUUCGAUGUUGCUGAUGGCGGAGGAUAAGUAUAAUGAUAGCUUCGCUGAUUGUAAGUUCAAUGAUGAUUUCGCUGGCGAUGGUCUCAGCAUGGAUAUCGACAGCUUGAUUCGUAUUCUUGAGGAGAGGUCUGAUGAUCCUCCGCAGAGUAAUCCAAAAGAUCUAUCACCUAGAAAUAUGUCUCAGAGGAACUCGGGUCUCCAAUCCAUCCAGUUUCAGAGUGAUUCACCUUCCUUGGGGUUUACUUCUGGUGGCUCAUUUGAUUAUCACGGGAAUUUAGAACCCUCACCGGUCCAAACAUCCUCUGCUAGUUUGAAAGAGUGGUCUGCUUGUCAAGGGACAUCCUACAGAGAGAGGGCUGAAAUGUCUCUGCUUGAGAUGCCCAGCUGUAGUACAACAUCUAGUUUUACUGAGAUAGAUGGCAACCAUGUGUUAGAUCACGGAGAUAAUUUAAAUUUUGAUCUUGUGGAUGAUGAAACUAGCUUAUGGUCCAUCAAUACUAAAGUGGAGUUUGACUUCAAAAAUGCUUUGCAAAGACCUGCUGAUGAGAAUACAAACAUAACAUUUGAUCAGUAUGGUGAUUUUCUAACUAAUUCAGUGACAAGCCUUGAAGCUCCUGAUAUUGAGGUAGCUAGGUCUGUGGAGUUUUCUUCCUUUGAUGCAGCUAUGAGUUCACACAAUCUUACUUCUAAUAAGUCUAUCAUCUAUCAUGGUUCUGAUAUGGUUAGUGAUGUUAGUGGUCCUUCUUCAGUUAUACCUCAUUACAUGAAUGGAAAUGAUCCAUAUUUUGCUGAUUCCUCAAUGCAACACUUGCGUGGUUCCUUCAAUUUUAUGUUUGAAGAAAAUAAGGAGGGUGAAGUUCUGGAAUUUCCCACUGAGAGUGCAUACUCAAGUAGUAGGACAAUCUAUGCUCAGGGAAGAACUGAUAAUGGAUCUGUGUCACAGCUCUCAAUGACUGCUUUCUCUGAUGUAAAGCCUCUACAUUGUCAAGGUGACGGGAAUGGACGUGUUUUACCAGCCUAUAGCAAAUUUUCUUACAUUGCCGCUGAUGAGCGCAUUGAUGAAAAAAGAUCGGUGCAGUCAUUCCCUCAUUCUCAUCCCCGUACUUCAGAAAACAGUCAAGUAGUUUUUGUAAAGAAUGAACAUAACAAAUUGAUUACAUCUGGCAACAUUUUCUCCGAUUCUGCUGAACCUUUAAAUGAAGCUAACCUAAGAAAGUAUAAUGGCAGAGAUGCUGAUUCACUUGAUGAAGCCUUAAAGCAUUCACCUGACAUUUAUUCUUCUAUAUCUAAUCAGGAGUUUAUGGUUUUUGGCAAGGAUGCUCGUCACGAUAUAAAUGUUAGUAGUAAAUCUUUGUUUGGUGAUGACCAUUUGAAUUUAGCCUCAGAGCAAUAUUUUUCCAGUGCUCACCCAAUUACUUCAACCAAGGUGCAGUUAAGUUGUUUUCAGGAUGGAAGAGAGAAUAAGUUGAUUCCUUGUAGGAAUUUUGGUCUUUCAAAAGUCAGCCCUGAAUCUAUUCAUAGCAAUUCCUCAGAUUGCGGAUCCCAUGUUUAUGAUGACCCUGAUAUAUGCAUUCUUGAAGAUAUUAGUCAACCAGCCAGCCCAAACCAAUCCCUGGUGCUUGUGAAGAAGACUUCAAAUUUGCUGAAUACAUCUGGUACUCAGCCUCAUAACUCAGGAGUGGGGGGUAUCAGGCUUAAGGGAAAUGAUGAACAGUUAAUUUUUCAGGAGGCAUUGCAGGGCCUUUCUCAGCCAAAAUCUGAAGCUAGUCCUCCAGAAGGUGUUUUGGCAGUACCUCUUCUACGACAUCAGAGAAUUGCUUUGUCAUGGAUGUCCCAGAAGGAGAAAGCUGGCUUACACUGUUCAGGAGGAAUUCUUGCAGAUGAUCAGGGAUUAGGAAAAACUGUGUCAACAAUUGCACUUAUUCUUAAUGAGAGGCCUUCUCCAUCUUCUACAGCAUCUUCUCAAGAUAUGAGAAAGGUUGAGCUGGAAACACUAAAUUUGGAUGACGAUGAAGAGGUGAAGCAAGAUUCUGAUAACAAUCAAGUUAUGUUAAAUGGUGCUUCAAAUAAAAGCUCUAAUCUACCAGGGAAAGAAAAGGGAAGGCCAGCUGCCGGAACUCUUAUUGUAUGUCCCACAAGUGUACUGCGGCAGUGGGCAGAUGAGUUGCAGAAUAAGGUGACAAGCAAAGCAAAUCUCUCUUUUCUAGUGUACCAUGGAACCAACAGGACAAAGGAUCCUUUUGAGUUGGCAAAAUAUGAUGUUGUCCUUACUACAUAUUCAAUUGUUAGCAUGGAGGUCCCAAAGCCGCCUCCUGUUCACGGAGAUGAUGAUGAGAAAGGGAAGUUGGAAGGUGGCAGGGCUUCAUCUCUGGAUUUUCCACCAAGCAGAAAAAGGAAAUACCCGCUUAGUUCUAAUAAAAAAGGAGUGAAACACAAGAAGGGGGUGGAUGAUUUGCUUCUUGAUUCUGCUUCUCGACCUCUCGCAAGAGUUGGAUGGUUUAGAAUUGUUCUAGAUGAGGCCCAAAGCAUUAAAAACCAUAAAACUCAAGUUGCUAGGGCCUGUUGGGGCCUUCGUGCUAAACGUAGAUGGUGCUUGUCUGGGACUCCAAUUCAAAAUGCCAUUGACGACCUGUAUAGCUAUUUCAGAUUUCUGAGAUAUGACCCAUAUGCUGCUUACAAAUCAUUCUGUUCUUCCAUAAAGAUCCCGAUUACUAGAAAUCCAGCAAAAGGCUAUCCAAAAUUGCAAGCUAUCUUGCAGACAAUAAUGUUACGCCGCAUGAAAGGCACUAUUCUUGAUGGGAAACCUCUAAUUAACUUGCCACCAAAAGUGAUAGAACUGAAAAAGGUGGAAUUCACAAAGGAGGAACGUGACUUCUAUACUAGACUGGAGACUGAAUCACGUGCUCAGUUUAAUGAGUAUGCCGCUGCAGGAACUGUCAAACAGAACUACGUGAAUAUCUUGUUGAUGCUUUUGCGUCUUCGCCAAGCCUGUGAUCAUCCUCUUCUGGUCAGAGGUUUUGAUUCAAACUCCUCAUGGAAAUCGUCAAUUGAGGUUGCAAUGAAGCUUCCCCAGGAGAAGCUAACAUUUCUUCUGAGUUGUUUAUCAUCUUUGGAACUCUGUGUCAUCUGCAAUGAUCCACCGGAAGAUGCUGUUGUCACUAUCUGUGGUCAUGUUUUCUGCAACCAAUGCAUCUCUGAACAUCUUAAUAGCGAUGACAAGCAAUGUCCCACCAAAAAUUGCAAGGUUCAACUAAAUGCGUCUUCUGUGUUUACAAGUAACUGUUUAAGCAGUUCUCUUUCUGAGCAGCCUGGUCAGAAUAAGCCUCGUGAUUGUUCUGGUUCAAAAGUUGUUGAGGUAUUUGGACCUUGUUCUGAGGAUAAUUUGUAUGGUUCUUCCAAAAUUAAGGCUGCCCUUCAGGUCCUUAAAUCACUAGCUAAGCCUCAAGAUCAUAGAUCAAGGACUAGUGGCUGUCCAGAAGGUUCCUCUGAUCUCCAUUCUGGGGAUUCAAUAAAUGUCGUUCCUGAUGAAAAGGAUCUGCUUAUGGGUGAAAGUUUGAAUAAUUCCUGUAAGGUACCUGGGGAGAAGGCUAUAGUGUUUUCCCAGUGGACAAGGAUGUUGGAUAUAUUUGAAGCCUGUCUUAAAAGUUCUUCCAUCCAAUACAGAAGACUUGAUGGAACUAUGUCAGUUGCUGCUAGAGAUAAAGCAGUGAAAGAUUUCAACACCCUACCAGAGGUAUCAGUUGUGAUUAUGUCUUUAAAAGCUGCCAGUCUUGGGCUGAACAUGGUUGCAGCUUGCCAUGUACUUCUGCUUGAUCUGUGGUGGAACCCUACAACUGAGGACCAGGCAAUUGAUAGAGCACAUCGAAUUGGGCAGACUCGCCCAGUAAGCGUUUUGCGAUUAACUGUGAAAGAUACAGUUGAGGAUCGUAUUUUAGCUCUUCAGCAAAAGAAGAGGAAGAUGGUUGCCUCAGCAUUUGGGGAGGAUGAAACUGGAGGGCGUCAGGCCCGACUUACAGUAGAAGACUUGGAAUACUUGUUCAUGGCCUGAUAUUCAACUUCUUAUAGCUACAUUGUUAAUUUACAUUCCGACAUUGUUUACGCUUGAAUCGGAUCACCCAUUUCUUCCCGUAGAACACCAUUUCGUGACCCAUCUUCCGUCUCGACGUCAAGGAUUAAGGCUUUUUCAACACACUGUUAAUAUUAGGAGAGGAUUCUCAGAAUCCCCUUGGUCACAGCAGCAAAUUUUUGUUUCGGUUUUGGCAUGGCCAUUGAUAGUUCUCAAACCUCUCACCGCCGCUGACAUUGUAUAUGGAUUUAGGUCUCUUCUAAAGAUGGUAUAGAGUUGGAACUGGUCCUUCUUUUAGUUAAAGUUGUAAAUGAUAGGUCUCCGUUUUGUUAUUCUUUUUUU